GAUGCCUGUAUUUUUUUUUUCUUGCUUUUGUCCUGGUUUUUGUCUUUUUUCGGGAGUAGCAUUUGUUUACCAAACUUCUUUUAAAGAAUUAUGAUCUCACUUGCAUCCCCAGGACGGAAAUCCUUGGAUUUAUUUAUCUGAUACUUUCGAGAACAUCGAUCAUAUAAUAUUCUCUUAAUCGUUUUUUUUUUUUUUUUAUAAUUCAUUGAUUCGUAUGCUUGUCUUCUAAAUUUGCAAUGUUAGAUUCCUAUACCCUUUAUUAUAUAUAAACGUUCCAAGCUCUUCUUUUCUUCAUCCCACAAAAAUGGAACUUGCUUUGUAUAAUUCUCUACUUAUUUCAGCCAUUUUCUUCAUCCCUCUCCUGCUUUACUUUCUGCGUCACAAGAAGCUGGGGUCAACAGAAAAUGAGGCACAAACACUAUCACAGUUACUACAGCAGACGCCACCAGGCAGCAGCGGAUGGCCCUUGAUCGGUGAAACUAUAGAAUAUCUAUCCACCACCAAGGCAGGUAUCCCUGAAAAAUUUAUAAACGAUAGAAGGAAGAAAUACUCCUCCAAGCUCUUUAAGACGUCUUUGCUUGGCCAACCUAUGGUUCUUUUGUGCAAUGCUGAGGGAAACAAAUUUGUUUUCUCCAAUGAGAAUAGGCUUUUCACGACCUGGUGGCCUAGCUCCAUCGAUAAAUUCUUUGACACUCACAACGCAUCCAAGAGCGAGGAGGCCAUGAAAAUGCGCAAAUUUGUGACCCCAGUUCUGAAGCCAGACACACUUCGCAAGUAUGUGCAUAUUAUAGAUGCAAAGACAAGACAGCAUCUACGGGCACAUUGGGAUGGCAAACAAGUUAUUGAGGUACACCCUUUCGCCAAGGAUCUGACAUUUGUGUUAGCAUGUGGACUGCUCUUAGGCAUUCAUGAUGAGGAAGCAAUUGCGCAAUUUCAGAAGCCAUUUGGCCACUUUUCAGCAGGGCUUCUUUCGUUGCCUAUAGAUCUUCCAGGGACGAAUUUCAGGCGUGCUAUCAAGGCUGCCAAGGAGCUCAGGAAGGAGUUUGAAGUUAUGAUCAAGCGUUGGAAGAGUGACAGGUCACCAUCCCAAUCACAGGGUAUAUUGUCCCAACAUCUACUAGAGCUGAAUGAGGAGGGACAAGAAGAAUCCCAAAUGGCAACCAGGAUUUUAGCCUUGAUAAGUGCUUCUUAUGACAAUGUAAGCACCGCAAUGACUUUUGUCGUCAAGUAUCUAGCAGAGAUGCCCAACGUGUUCGAUGCAGUCUUGAGAGAGCAAAGCGAGAUUGCCAGAGAAAAAGAAGUGGAUGAGCCCUUGAAUUGGGAUGACAUACAAAAGAUGAGGUAUUCAUGGAAUGUGGCAAGUGAAGUGUUGCGACUCCAUCCACCAGCUAAUGGAGCUUUCAGAGAGGUCAUCACCAAUUUCUCAUAUGCUGGAUUUCUCAUUCCCAAAGGCUGGAAGCUGCACUGGAAUGCAUUCGCCACGCAUAAAAGUCCAGAAUACUUCCCGGACCCAGAAAAGUUUGAUCCAUCAAGGUUUGAAGGAAAUGGGCUUGUUCCUUACUCAUAUGUUCCGUUUGGAGGAGGAGCUCACAUGUGCCCUGGAAAAGAAUAUGCCCGAAUUGCAAUACUUGUUUUGAUGCACAAUGUGGUCACAAAAUUCAAGUUGGAAAAGUUGUUUCCUGACGAGAAGAUUAUAGGCCUUCCCAUUUUAAGGCCAGCCAAAGGCCUUCCAGUUCGCCUUUAUCCUCGUCAACAACCCUGACUUGGGUAUUAUAUAUAUCGGUUUUCGUCAGGAUAUCCCAGGGGAAAAAAGCUAUAAUAAAAAUCCAAAUUUUAACAUUUGGAUCGACUUGUUAAUUAGACGGUUUAUUUGUUACUCAGAACCUGAUGGCAUAUAUAUGGAGGUAUUAGGUUUAAAGUUA